GCAGCGUGGUCACACUAUUGCAAAACUUCCAGCAUUUCGCGGGAUCGUCGGUUUUAUUUGCGAAUUUGUAGCAUUUGCGUUGUUUUACGGUGUUUACAGUGUUACGAUUAUAGAAAAUCAAUUGAUUUGACAUACCAUUGCUUUGAGAGCAAUACUCCUAAUCGAGAAAUAAUUCUUUUUGUUAACUGUCCAAGGAAAAUAUGUCUGCUGAAGCCGAAGCUAUUGUUACAACGGCUGCUGCCGAUAUGUCCUCACCCAGAAAGCCUGUGGCCGUGGAGCCCGUAGCCGCAGAUACAACCCCCGACAAUGUUCCGGUGGUGGCAGCCGUUUCCACCGAGGAAACAUCCGGCCAAGUCGAGCAGGAACGCGCCGAGAAAAUACUUAAGGCCAAGGAGCUGUUUAGCCAGGGAUCGCGCAACUUCCUGGUGAAGAGCUACGAUGAGGCGGCCGACGAUCUGAGUCAAGUGUGCCAGCUAUACGCGGAGGUCUACGGGGAUCUGGCCGAUGAGCUGGGGCAGCCCCUGCUCCUCUAUGGCAAGGCAUUGAUUGCCAUGGCCUUGGACGAAAAUAAAGUUAUUGAUGUGCCUGAUGAGGCCGCCGAUGAGGAAGACGAGGACAUAGACGACGACGACGAGGAAGAGGAAGAAGGUGGCGAAGAUGGGGAAGCCAAAAAGGGAGAGGCCGACGCCAAUGGAGCGAGCAGCACAAAUGGCAAGGAGUUGGACAGCGUCAAGGAGACAUCCGACGAGGCCGAUUCCACUGAUGAUCAGGUCCAGCCAAAUGGCGAGGACGCCAAGAAGAAGGCACCGACUGAGGUAAAUGAGGUCAGCAGCAGCAUUGGUGGUGGAACAACUGCUGUCAAUGAUGAUGAACGACCGAGCACAUCGAAUGGAGGCGAAGUCACAGCCAGUUGCUCCAAUGGGGCAGGAGCAGCAGCUACCGGCGAAGAGGAGGGCGGCGAGGAUGAAGAGGGAGUCAGUGGCAGUCUUCAGCUGGCCUGGGAGAUCCUUGGCACAGCCGCCAGGAUCUUCUCGCGUCAAGGCCUCGGUGGUCUCCAAUAUCUGGCCGAAGUUCAGACGGAGCUGGCCAACAUCGAAUUCGAAAAUGGAAUACUCGAGCCGGCACGUGAAGAUUACGAGAAAGCCCUCAAAAUCCACGGCGAGUUGCCCACAAAGAACCGACGCGCCCUGGCCGAGCUGCACUACAAGAUCGGGUUGACCUAUCUGAUGCAACAGAUGAACAAGGAGGGUGCCACGGCCCUGCGACACUCCAGCACUUUGAUCGAAGAGGAGAUAGCCGAGAUUAAGGCCAAGGACGAGCCCAGUGAGCGCGACAGGAACAAUAUGCUGGACCUGGAGGAGACCAAACAGGAGAUUCUGGCCAAGAUACAGGAAAUUGAGGAGAUGCAGGCUCAGACAAUUGCCGAGGUGCGCGCUGCCCUGGACAGCUACAUAAGGCCGGUGAGCAGUGACGAUGCUGCCGCCGCCUCUUCCUCGUCCACAUCCACCAAUGGUGCAGCCAGCUCGUCGUCAUCCUCCACCAGUGGCGGCGCUAAAGCAGCCGGCUCCUCGCCGGCCAUUAGCAGCAGCUCGGCCAAGCCCACGGACAUCACCCAUCUGAUCAAGCGCAAGAAGCCCGAGGAGCCCAGCUCGGAGGCCGAGGCCCUAUGCUCGCCGGCCAAGCGACCCGCCGUCUAGGGCGGACAUUCCAGUUGCCCAGCGGUGGCACACCCACUCAUAACCACAACCACGCCCCUAACACAAACACAAACAUGCCACACAUCAGCUACUUAAUGCCAAUCACAUGCAUUCAACCAACUGUCCUGUCCCUCGCUCCUACAUAUUUAUGCUAUUUGUUUGCUGUUUUCUACCAAAAUUCUCUAUAAGUCUGUAAGGUAACAAUCACAAUUAGUGCUAAGUGCGUAAAGUAUAUAAAAUAAUGUUUUUGUAUUAAACGAAGAAACGAAACGAUUAAGGAAAGCAGAAAUAUACGGGAAAUUGCCUCAAGAA